AUGGCGGCAGCAACAGCAGCAGCAGCGCCGUACACCAUCGAUGGUGCUGGUCCAAGCAGAUCCCCCGUCGACUUUUCCGCAGCAUUGUCCAUUUGGCGAGACAUCAACCUCGUCGAUCUUCAGCAACAACUCAGCACCACCGCGCCCGAACUGUUCGAAGCGCAGAAGGCAGCCGUCUCCAAUCGGAAAAAGCUCGCCGAUCAGACACGAGAAUUCAAAAAGCAACCUGAUGCUAACAAGCUGGAAAGCUUCAAGCCCCUGCUCAAGGCCUACCAGACCGAGAUCGAUACGUUGACCAAACGUUCCAAAGCAGCAGAGAAUGCCUUUCUCAACGUGCACUCGGCUUUGACAAACGCGCCUGAUCCAUAUCCGCUUCUUGAGGUCACGCUGGAACAAGCAGCAUCGCUCAAUGAUCUCGAGAGCCUGAAACACGAGAAUGCAAAGCUGCAAACCGAUCUCGCACGCAGCGCUGCUGAGGCUCAGGUCAGCCAGGAGAGAGAAGCUGAGAAUGCUCGAUUGCAGCAGCGUCUGCGCUCACUCGAGCAGGAUUUUGAGGCAAAAGUACAGCAGCGAACGUCCGCAUUUGAACUCGAAUUAUCGGCAAAGUGGGACGAGAGGAUACACAACCUGAAGGAGCGAGAAGCUGAUCUCACAAAGUCUUUGAACUUAGCCCAAGAGCAACUUCAGCAUCUCAAGUCCAAAGACGAGACAGCCACCGCCAAGUUGCUCGAAAAGGGCCUUGAUGAAGACGGCGACCAUGCAAGGAACGUCGAUGGCAACUUUGCCGAAGUCGAAUUGCUGUCUCGUGACUUGGAACGUGCGCACGCCCGGGUUGAGACCCUCGAGAGGCGCAACGAGCAGUUGCGUGUCGACAUUGAAAGCGUCAAGAGUGGUCGUCAUGACACGGAACGAAUCCAAACGCUCGAAGCGGAAACGCAAGAAAAAGACCGCAAGCUGCAACAGCUUCAAUCUUUGCUCGAGACCGAACGUCAGCAAUCGGCAAACUUGACAAAGCAACUUGCCGCGGCGCGCGAUGAAAAGCUUAAGCUGCAAAACGAAAAGGAAGCAGAGAUCGAAUCGCUUCGCACCAAAUUGCUCCAGCGCAGUGAUUACGCCAACAUCAAGCGCGAGCUCGAGAUCGUCAAGGCGGUUCACUUCAAUGCUGAAGACGAUGAAGAUCUCGAUGCAUCUGCCCAUGUCGCUGGCGAUGCAGAGCAGAGUUCGAACAAGCAGCGACCCGCAGAUGCAAAGAGUCUCGAAGCAUUGUUGCUGGAAAGGAACAAGCGACUUGAGGACAACUUGGCGACAUUGCGUGUAUCUAACUCUGAGUUGUCGAGUUCGCUCGAGCAGGCCAACUUGGAGCUUGUUCGACUCAAGCAACAACGCUCGCAUCUCAAGACCCUGAAUGAUAAGCUCGAGAUGGAUCUUGCUUGCGUUGGCACGGGACAUCGUUCCAAUAGCAAGCGCAUGGCUGCGCUGAGCGCCGAGGACGCUCUAAAGGAAAUAGAGUCGCUCGAAGCUCAAGUUGAGCAAGCAGGUCAACUUGGCAAAGCGAGCAGCAAACCAGUGGUCCAAUCUACGCCUGCACACCAGGCCGUCGCCAACGGAGUCGAAUCAGCAUCACUAGCAAGGUCCGUCGAACCCUCUGCAGCUUCGAGGUCGUCUGUCUCUUCUGCUGCUCCCUCUUCCGGCGGCGGCGGAGGCAUCGGGGGUGACAACAGCAUCCUGCCCAUCGUUACUUCCCAGCGAGACCGUUUCCGUACGCGCAAUGCCGAGUUGGAAGAAGAGCUGCGCAAGCAAUUUGAAACCAUCAGCGAGCUUCGCAACGAGAUCAAGACGUUGCAAGCCGACAACCUUGGCCUGUACGAGAAGGUGCGCUAUUUGCAAAGCUAUGGCCCUGCUGGCAGCGGCGCAACGGGGGGUCGAGGCGACGCUGUGAUUCAGAUCGGCACUGGCAACGGAGCGUCGGGACGCAGAGACGCAUCGGGAGCCUAUCCUCCACCAAGAAGCGACGAUAAGUAUCGUGCCAGGUACGAAGAGUCAAUGAACCCAUUCGAAGCCUUCCGCGGACGCGAACAGUCGCGCGCCAUGGCGCAGCUCAACCCGCUCGAACGUGCGCUGCACAUGCUCACGCGCUUGGUGCUGAGCCAUCGACGCAUGCGCUUGUUCUUCAUGGUGUAUGCCAUCUUUUUGCACUUGCUCAUCUUUGGCAUGCUCCUCGAAGUGAGUCAUACGUCGUCCGCUCAGACUUGCUCUUUGCCACCACGGUGA